AUGUAUAUCAAAGGACCACACGCAGAAGCCGAGCUUCCAGUGCUUCGAAAACUAGUCCGAGAGAACCCCCUCGGUCUUAUUACAAGCGCCAUCUCCUCUCCAAACUACCCUUUCCUUCAAAGCAGUCAUAUUCCCUUCGUGUUGGAUAUCGAAGAUGAGUCUAGCGAGACAGAAUUGGGAAAGCUACGAGGACAUCUGGCAAGGGUCAAUCCUCAGAGCAAAGCCAUGAUCGAGAGUCUUACCGAGAACCCGAAUCUAAACAAUGUCCUCGAACAAGACGUGAUCGUCAUUUUCAACUCCCCCAUUCAGCACUACGUCACCCCAAAGUUCUACACAGAAACAAAACCUACAACUGGCAAGGUCGUUCCUACUUGGAACUACGCAGCUGUCCAAGUCUAUGGCCGUGCAAAGAUCUUCUACGACACCAAGUCCGAUGAGAUGGGCCAGUUUCUGAACAAACAAAUUUCUGAUCUUAGUCGCCAUGCCGAGACUAAUGUCAUGGGCUUCACUGGCGGUGAUAACCCAACCGAUUGGAAGGUCAGCGAUGCACCUGAUAGGUUCAUUGAGCUCUUGAAGAAAAGCAUUAUCGGUAUUGAGAUCGAAAUCACGUCUAUGGGAGGAAAAUUCAAAAUGAGUCAAGAGAUGGGCAUGGGAGAUCGAGAGGGUGUUAUCAAGGGCUUUUCGAAUCUGGAGUCUGAGAGGGCGAAAGAGAUGUCCAAGCUGGUGCAAGCCCGAAGUGAUUUGAAGGAGGCAAAGAAGGCAAAUGCUUGA